GAGCAACGUGUUUGGGUGGGAUUUUUACUUUCAAACACGGAACGCUGGAUGAUCGCGCGCGUGACUUUUUCGGAGGGAUGCGAUGGGGCCAACCAAUACACAUCCACCAGCACUGUGUUACCUGGACAAGAAGUUGUGUGAAUGACGGGUGGGGGAUCGCGCAGGCAUGGAAUCUAAUAGCAUGGGAGCUCUGUACGGUGUAGACCCCGUUAACUCACACAGUGUUCCACUGUUCCGUGAGACAGAUUUUUCAUUUCUUCUUGGCCGAGUGUAGUUGAGAUUUGCUUCUUCAGCUGGAAGCAUCGCUCUCUUGCUCUCUGUAGGGUUUGUGUAGGUACAUUUCUUUAGCGAUUAAAAGUGAUUGCGAUCUGGCACACAGAGUACGUUGAUGAUGGGGCUCAGAAAUUGGGAAUCGUGAUGAAGAAUAACUAGGUGAGGUGCACGAAAAGACGACGGUGCAAGAUCAAGUUGUGGAUUGACGUGAAAAAAAGAAUAAAAUCUUGCCUGAGGAGUGAGUGGAAAAUACAAAAUAUAAAAGUUGGUGAAACAAUUCCAAUUGAGAGACAAGCUCGUAAGUCGAGGACAGUGAAUAAAUAUUUUGCUUUUGUUGCAACAAUUGCCUCACUGUGUCUCACAUUUUCUUCAUGUUCUGCUGUUUUUUUUUUUAUUCAUUACAAUUCGUCGUUAUCCGCGAAUGAAAAGAACUCAAUUGUGGAAGAGUUGAAGGCAAAAGAAAAAAAAAACAGAAACUUACAUCAUUUCUGAAAGACUGGGCGAUCACACUCCCUGUGAUCGUAUAUGUCUUAGAGCUGUGAGAAAUAACAAAAAGAAGUGAUCUCUCGUGAUCGUGGGUGUGUGAGGUGAAUCUCCAAAUAGAGAGGCGCGACAGAUCGCAACACAAUUGGGAAUUCAUCACAUCGAUGGCUUGGCUAAAUUGCCCGCAGUGGUGUCAUGAUGGUGUUAAUUAAUUAAUUGAUCGAUCAUUUCGUUAUUUUUUUUUUAAUUCAGCAUCAGUGGAGUGAGGAGCGCCUCAUUGGGUGUUUUGGUGCUUCUUGAGGAGCACAGCAGUGUGAAAGAAAUACGGUUAACCAUUUUUGCGCGCAAUAUAGCAUUUCUUCUUGGCGGGCUUAGCGCGCGAUCACCAAUUAUUCGAUGAAUAACUGUGACUCUACCUCAAUUUACCCAUUGCUUGUGUGCGUCCCAGAAUCUCGUGUCUUGGGAGUCGGCAAGUGAGUGAGAAAAGACAUAGAGCGAAUAGCGCGCGCGCGGCUGUGUGUGUUUAGGGAAAAGCGAAGAAGCGAUGGGAGUUCGACGACCGGGUAUUACGAGAGGAUAUGAGGAAAUGCAGGGAGCAAAUGUGGCCACAGUUAAUGUGGCCAUUGCAGGUCACACCACACCGAUUGCCACCCACAAUCAUCAUCAGGUACCACCGCAAACAGGCGCCAUGGCGCAGGAGUUCGAAAUGGCCUCCGUGAGCGUCGUGCCCGAUGAUACCUUCACCGUGACUCAGGCUGUGAAUGCACUCGGCUUCGGGUGGUUUCAAGUGAAACUCUCCCUCUGCGUGGGUCUCUGCUGGAUGGCGGAUUCGAUGGAGAUGACAAUUCUCAGUGUUCUCGGGCCAGCUCUUCACUGCGACUGGGGUGUUACGCGGUACCAGCAAGCCCUCACGACGACGAUUGUCUUUUUGGGCAUGAUGCUGAGUUCCACGUUCUGGGGUCAGCUGAGCGAUCGCUACGGCCGUAAGCCAGCACUCACCCUCUGUGGUGUCCUCCUCUUCCUCUAUGGAUUGCUCUCGGCAGUAGCUCCGAGCUUUGGAUGGCUCCUCCUGCUGCGGGGUCUCGUGGGAUUUGCAAUUGGAUGCGUGCCACAAUCUGUGACACUCUAUGCUGAGUUCCUGCCCACAAAGCAACGCGCCAAGUGCGUUGUCCUCCUCGACUGCUUCUGGGCUCUUGGGGCGUGCUUUGAAGUUGCCCUGGCGCUUGCUGUUGCUCCCCGGUUGGGUUGGCGAUGGCUUCUUGGCCUCUCAGCGGCACCACUUUUUGUCUUUGCCGUGAUUACACCGUGGUUACCGGAGUCGGCACGCUACAAUGUGGCAUGCGGUCAAAAUGAUAAAGCCCUGUCGACGCUGGAGCAAAUUGCGCACGACAACAAGAAGCCAAUGCUCCUCGGGAGGCUCGUUGUGGAGGGAACGGCAACCCCACGAGGGAGCAUCAGGGCACUGCUCAGUACGUCGCUGAGACGAACCACACUGCUGCUGUGGUUUAUCUGGAUGUCGUGCGCCUUCUGCUACUAUGGCCUCGUGCUCAUGUCCACGGAGCUCUUCAGUGGCGAUCGGAAGCCCGUUGUUGCAGGGGACAUUGAGGAUUGCCAUCCACUCUCCACCGAUGACUAUUUGGACCUUUUGUGGACAACUCUUGCGGAAUUCCCCGGGAUUUUCGCAACAAUUGCCGUAAUGGAGAAAUGGGGACGAAAAAAGACAAUGGCCUUCCAAUUUAUCCUCUACGGGGGCUGUGUUCUCCUCCUCACAUCCACUAAAGAUCGAAUAGCACUGACGAUGAUCCUCUUCCUGGCACGUGGAGUCAUCGCGGGACUCUUCCAGGCAGCCUACGUCUACACACCGGAAGUUUAUCCCACAGCACUGAGAUCAGUUGGAGUGGGUGGAUGUUCUGCUCUUGCAAGACUUGGAGCCAUGGCAACUCCCUAUGUGGCACAGGUUCUCCUCCAGAAUUCCGUAUGGAGUGCCGUGAGUGUGUACGGUGUGUUUGCAAUCAGUGCCAGCGUGGCAUGUCUCCUGCUUCCGUAUGAGACUCGCGGUACGGACAUGGUCCAGUAAAGCUGCGUACCGCCCCAGAGAGACUCUUCUCUGUGUGACUAAACCAAAUCUCCGUGACUGAUUUCGUGGGUGCUUCUCGCUUCGGACGACACGAGGUACGUGGAAAACAAUAUGUGUACACGGACUCGAUACGCUCAUGAAUGUGAAUAUAUGGUAUUUUUGCAAGUUUUUUUUUUACCUCCUGUUGUACUUUUUUAUUAUUAUAAAAUAAAAUGAGAGUUAAGAAAAAAAAAGAUUCCUGAUGGAUUAAGCUACGGUGUAGUAUUUAAGAUUAAUUUAUUCAUUAGCGCAUUGGCGAGUGUUUUGAUAGAGAGAGAGAAAGAUAUGUGAGUAUGUAAUCAACUAUGUAAACAGAAUUUAAACAAUGAAAAUUGUUAUUUUUUAUUGGA